AUUGCGAUGAUUGUUUUUUCUACGUAACGGCCACUUAACUCCCCUGUAAACAUCACUAAGGAACGCUCUAAAUCACCACCAACUUAAUGGCACAACACUGUAGUGGUCUGUGGGAUCUGCAUGCAGUGUGGGCGACGUGUAGCUCGGAAUAGUCAUCAUACUAUACAAGAAUUCCAGAUGGAUUGGUGGCCUAAAAGGCUGUAGCAAAGCGGCAGGGAUGAGGAUCCGGCUUGAGAGCCCGGGCCAUGCUGCCGGCCUCCUCGCUGAGCUGAACCGUUGCCGCCAAUCACGCCGCUAUUGUGAUGUGUUCCUACAAGUUGGCAACCGCACUUUUGCGGCACACCGUGCUGUGCUGGCGUGUGCUGGGACCUACUUCAACAACCUGUUCUCCCGCUCUCCAUCCCCGUCCACCACUGCCAUCUCUUUGGAGUUCAUAUCCCCCGCCAACUUUGAUAAACUGCUGACUUUUGUGUACACUGGGGAGAUUUUGACGGAUCUAAUAUCUGUUGGGGUUAUUUAUGAGAUGGCCGAAAGGUUGGGUGUUACUGAGCUUGUGAGGGCUUGUCAUGCUACCUUCCCAGACCUGAGGGGCACUGUGUCUUCAAACACCAAAGCAAAUAGUCCUGGAGAUCUUCCAGAUGCCCCUGUGGUUGUGACUGGCUCCUCAGGGGUCACCGUCAGUACAGCCUCGGUUUCUGCUUCCCCUGUGUGUUCCUCUGUUGCCUCCUGCUCGUCUUUGUCAUCGCCUUCUGUCCAAACUCCUGCCACUGCCUCCUCACCUCCCAAUCAAGCUAAGGUAGCAAGGGUGGGACAUGAAUCCACUGCUGGGACUCUGUCUUUGGAGUUGAAAGUAGAAGACAUCCAGUCUCAUAUAGGCUACGGGCAGAUGUCUGCAGAGGUACCAGGACAAUGCCCUUUAGCCAGCGCGGACAGUGACGUGCUACCUCUGGGGUCUGUGCUGAAGAGGGAGCAGAGACUGGAGGACAUGGAGAAAGGUGAAGGCGACAAGGUGACAAGUGAUAUGGCACCGUCCGCUUCAUGCUCUUUCCCAGACUCUUUGGUGCAGCCAUCCUCCUCAGGAGUGCCCAUUGGCAGCCUGCAGGUGGGGGUGGUGGAGAGCAAUGUGGCUGAUGCUCAGGGGGACAGCGAGUUGUAUGAACAAGGAAACGAGGAGGAGACACAGACCGGUCAAUGCAAUGGCACAGCUGAGGAUGUGGAACAGUGGAGGCAACUGGCAGGAGAUAUCAUUGAACUGAGUGAUGAUGAGAACUUUAUAGAGGAUGAUGACGAUGACCUUGUGUGUUUGGAAAAUGGCGAGACAAACAAGUCAAGCCACCAGGGCCCAGGAGACACGCUGUCUUGUAAAGCCUGUGCAGCUCCCCUACCAGCAGUGCCGGCUGCCAUCAGACAACAUGCUGAGACCCAUGUGACCGAGCUGGGCCUGUGCAGGCUGUGUGGCGUCUCAUUUGCCGACCAUGCAGCCGGGGUGUCCCACUCCCUCACCCAUGUUGGCGUGCAGCUUUUUCCCUGCGACUUGUGUCACCUAGAAUUUUGCAGCCAAAACAAACUGCUGCGGCACCAGCGCCAGAGUGGAUCCAGUUACACCUUACCACAACAGGCCCUGACCGGCGGCAGCCAAGGCUCAGAGUUGCAGUGUGGCGUGUGCACAAAAAACCUCAGCAAGGACUUCCAGAUGGUGAGAGACCACAUCCUGAGCCACGUGUGCCCCCAAAGCUUGAGCUGUGGCGUUUGCCACCUCCCCCAGCUCUCCCUGUGCUCGCUGCUGUGGCACGCCCUCACCCACCUGUCGGUGCCCGUCUUCACCUGCCCACACUGUGCCCGCUGCUUUGUAGAGCGCCCCCUUCUGGAAGCACAUAUGACCGCGCAUGCUGAAGAGGCAGCUGCCCUGGAGCAAGAGGGCUACAGAGUCGUAACAGUUGGCGGAGGGGGAGAAAGUGUUUCAGGAGUGGAGGAGCUGAAUUGCUUCCUGUGCCCUCAGACAUUCCCUACCUCAUCUGCCUUUCUGUGCCACCUCAGCCAGCACACCUCUGAGAUCCCAGGGAACAGUGGAGGAGGCGGCUGGUUUGGCAAACGUAAAGCUGACCAGCCUCUGGAGUGUCCGCAAUCGUCUUGCUCCUCCUCCUCUCCACGGGAGAGUGGAGGUCUUGUAAAGAUGAGCAACCGGAGCCUCGGUGUACCAGAAAAGUAUUUUCAAGGGCCAAUACACAGUUUGACCUCUGCUUCCCUGUCCAAUGGGAGCCCUGCACAGGAUGGGGCCACUGGUGCUGUCGGCGUCCGUGGCAAGUGGUACCGGUGUCGCUACUGCGGGAAACGUUUUGCACACUCUGGUGAGUUCACGUAUCACCUGCGUAUCCACACGGGGGAGAAGCCCUACCAGUGCAAGGUGUGUCUGCGCUUCUUCAGAGGGCGCUCCACCAUGAUCUGCCACCUCAAGACCCAUGCGGGCGCACUCAUGUACCGCUGCACUGUGUGUGGCCUCUACUUCUCGACACUGAAGAUGAUGUCGUCUCACUUGGAGCUCCACAAGGACCAACUGCCGGCCCACUUUAACAUCGAGCAGACUUUCAUGUACAAUGACCACUCUAAAGAACCGCUGUCCUCCAUGGACACCUGAUUCAGACAUCCACUCUUUGUGGGGACAUGAGGAUAGAGUAGCAUUUAGUAUCAAAUCAGGAUUGAUUUGAAUGUCAGUGAUUAAAAAUGUCUUCAUUGUAGCAUAUAAAUUAUUUUCCUACAGUCCCUAUUUUCACACAUGAAGCAAUCAAAAGGGAAAUUUGUGUCUAAACCUUAAAGCAUGCUUUUUGAAGAAUGUAACAUGACUUCAUACGCCCAGAUUGAGUUUGUAUAAUAGUCUGACCUCUUAUUUAUGGUACUGUGACAGUUAUUUAUGAGUUUUUUAAAUGCCUUUAUACAUUUCACUCUCAUUUUGUAACGCUGUCCCCGAAUGCCUUUUAUUAAAAAGUCAUGAAGGAACCAGA